AUGCGUGGUGGGAUCUUUGUAGCGUUGUUGGCUCUGUCCGCUGCUGUUUGUGUUCAGUCAGAUGAGGAGACGAGGGCGAAGGAAUUCCUGGCGGCAUUCGAUGAGCGGGCCUCUGACCUUAUGUACCAGUACUCGCUGGCAUCCUGGGCCUACAACACCAACAUCACCAAGGAGAACUCCGACAAAGUGUCAGAACAGGGGAAAAUAUGGAGCAAUUACUACAGCCAGGUCUCAGAGGACUCUGGGAACUUUCUUGAUCUGAUUAAGGAUAGAGAAAUCAAAUUACAGCUCAUCUCCCUGCAAGACAAAGGCUCUGGUGUCUUAUCCUCAGAUAAAGCAGAGCACCUGAGUAAAAUUCUGAGUGAUAUGAGUACGAUCUACAGCACAGCCACAGUGUGUCUGAAGGACGAUGAGCUCAACUGCCAGACGUUAGAGCCAGGACUGGAGCAUGUAAUGGCUAACAGCAGAGACUUCAAGCGUCUACAUGUGUGGGAAGGCUGGAAAGAGGUGGGCAAGAGGAUGAGGCCUCUGUGAGACUACGUAGACCUGAAGAAUGCUUCCAAACUGAACGGAUUUGAGGACUAUGGAGCGUACUGGAGAUAUAACUACGAGACCAUCGAGGAGCCGAUUCCGUACAGUUACACCAGAGAAGAGCUAAUGACAGACGUCCGUUCAUUAUACAAACAGAUCCUGCCUCUGUACAAGGAGCUGCAUGCUUAUGUCAGGGCCCAGCUGAUGAAGGUCUACGGUGGACACAUUGACCCACAAGGACCCCUGCCCGCCCACCUGCUCGGUGACAUGUGGGGAAGAUUCUGGACCAACCUCUACCCUCUGUCGAUCCCCUACCCUAACAAACCUCCUAUUGAUGUCAGUGAAACCAUGGUGAAAAAGGGAUGGACUGAGCGUCGCUUUUUUGAAGAAGCAGAGAAGUUCUUCAUGUCUGUUGGUCUGUAUGAGAUGUUUGAUAACUUCUGGAAUAACUCCAUGUUUGUGAAACCUGAGGACGGACGCAAGGUGGUCUGUCACCCCACAGCCUGGGACAUGGGAAACAGACUGGACUUUAGAAUAAAAAUGUGCACCAAGGUCAACAUGGAUGACUUCCUGACAGUGCACCACGAGAUGGGUCACAACCAGUACCAGAUGGCUUACCGUAACCUGUCCUAUCUGCUGAGGGACGGCGCCAACGAGGGUUUCCACGAAGCAGUUGGAGAAAUCAUGUCUCUCUCUGCUGCGACACCCAAACACCUGCAGAGCCUGGGACUCCUGUCUGCUGACUUUGUUUAUGACCAGGAAACUGAGAUUAACUUCCUGCUGAAGCAGGCGCUCACUAUUGUGGCCACACUGCCCUUCACCUACAUGCUGGAGGAAUGGAGGUGGCAGGUCUUUGCAGGGAACAUCACAAAGGACGAGUGGAUGAAACGCUGGUGGGAGAUGAAGAGGGAUCUGGUCGGAGUGGUGGAGCCGGUGCCCAGAGAUGAGACCUACUGUGACCCCCCAGCUCUGUUUCAUGUGUCUGGAGACUACUCCUUCAUCAGGUACUUCACAAGAACCAUCUACCAGUUUCAGUUCCAAAAAGCACUCUGUAACGCAAGUGGUCACACAGGCGACCUGGCCACAUGUGACAUCACCAACUCUACUGAAGCAGGAACCAAACUGAGGAAUAUGUUAGAACUGGGACGGUCCCAGUCCUGGACCAGAGCGUUACAAACGAUAUCAGGGGAUGUGAAGAUGAAUGCCCAGCCCCUGUUGGACUAUUUCCACAAACUUUAUGAAUGGCUGAAGGAGGAAAACAAGAAGCACAACAGGAUGGUAGGCUGGGAUCCAAAAAUAGAUCCAUACUCACAGGAUGCCAUUAAAGUGAGAAUCAGUCUGAAGGCCGCCAUGGGUGAUGACGCUUAUUCCUGGAAUGCCAACGAGCUGUACCUGUUCAAGGCCAACAUUGCUUAUGUGUUGAGGCAGUACUUCAGCCAAAAGAACAAGACUCUUCUCUUCACAGCAGAGAACAUCCUCACCUAUGAUGAAACUCCCAGAAUUUCCUUCUACAUGGUGGUAAAGAACCCAGAAAGUCCACCUGAAUAUAUCGCAAAAGAGGAUGUGGAGGCCGCCAUAAGACUAUAUAGAGGAAGAAUCAACAAUGCCUUCCAGUUGGAUGAUAAGACGCUGGAGUUUGUGGGUAUCCUCCCCACGAUGGCCCCUCCUGUGGAGCAGCCGGUGGAGGUGUGGCUGGUGGUGUUUGGCGUGGUCAUGGGGGUCGUUGUGCUGGCGGGCGUCUACCUCAUCUUUUCUGGCUUCAGACAGCGCAAGAAGUGAACAAAAGAGGCAAGCGCGGAAAACCCCUACGAUACCACCAUUGACGGACACGCUAACAAAGCCUUUGAGCACAGUGAAGACGAACAAACUGGAUUCUGAAUCCACUGAUAUUGACGAUCAAAAGCAAAAAAUGUCCUCAGGGCCGAUAUUAUCUAGAACAAGAACAAACCUACUGCUCUUUCACCAGCUCUGCAUCGCCUCUUUGAACAACUCUCUUAUAUUAUAUAUGGUUAUUGUACAGUGAAUGCCCUUGUAAAAACAUGCUUAAUCGUAUUUAAUUGUAGUAUACUUAUUAUAUAUGUUGACUCAUGGUUAAAUACUUCAAGAGGUCCAAUGUAAGAUGCAGUAUUAGUAU